AUGGCGCAUGCCAUUCGCUCCAUGAACGACCUGAGCGGCCCCAUCGCCCUUCGCGACCGAUCCUUGAUCGCCUCCUCCGACACCCCUCCGGCCAUGCGCAGCGUCGUCUCGACCGCCCCGAACUCCCCAGAAUUCAGACAGAACUCGGGAGGCACCACCCCGCGCCUUCGCCCGCACCCCGCCACGCUGAACGUCCCCGGCAUGACCGUGUCUAGAGCCUCGCCGGACGGAAAGAUUAGCGACCGCGAUGUGGCUGCGAAGCUCGUCAUCAUUAUGGUGGGCCUGCCCGCCCGAGGAAAGUCGUACAUCACCAAGAAGGUCCAACGAUACCUCUCUUGGCAACAGUACAACUCGCGCAUCUUCAACGUUGGCAACCGGAGGCGCGUCGCCGCAGGCCUGACCUCGCCCAUAAAGUCGGUGCACUCACCGGCCCCAAUCAGACUCGACCCCCCGGCUCAGGCUGCUUCGAUCUUGCUUAACGGGCAUGUACCGCAGAGCAACCACGAGCCUGCCAAGCUGAACCUGAACGACGACUCUAACGACACCAUGGACCAGUCCGCCAAGUUCUUCGAGCCAACCAACGAGACCGCGGCCAAGCUCCGCGAGCAGGUGGCCCUGGACACUUUGGAUGAGCUUUUGGACUACCUUUUGCAUCAGGGCGGCUCCGUCGGGAUCCUCGAUGCGACCAACAGCACGAUCCAACGUCGUCAGCUUCUGGUUAACCGGAUCAAGGAGAGGGAGCCCAAGCUUGGAAUUCUCUUCAUCGAGAGUAUCUGCCACGACCAGAACUCCCUUGCGGAUUUUAAGAGACGCGUCGCCGCGUAUGAGAGUGCCUACGUUCCCAUUGGCGAAUAUGAGGAGAAGAAUGACAUGCAGUACAUCCAGAUGAUUGAUGUUGGCCGGAAGCUGGUCCAGCACAGACUGCGAGGCUUCCUCAGCGGAGGCAUCAGCUCCUAUUUGACGACAUUCAACCUGGCGCCGCGGCAGAUAUGGCUUACCCGGCACGGCCAGAGUGUUGACAACCGCCUCGGAAAGCUUGGCGGAGACUCGGAGCUGACACCCGAUGGAGAGCAAUACGGAAAGGCUCUCCACACCUUCGUCACCCAGAAACGCAAGGAGUGGCUCAUUGAGCAGAAGGACAAGAUCGCGCAGUCGUCCUUCCCGCCCAAGGCCGGCGACCACACGCCGCCCUACCCCGAGCUGAACCGCGAACUAGAGGAGAAGAACUUUUGCGUUUGGACGUCGAUGCUGAAGCGCAGCGUCCAAACUGCCACAGAGUUCGACAAUGACGAAGAUUACGAUGUGAAGAACUGGGCGAUGCUCAACGAGCUCAAUGCAGGCCUCUUUGAGGGCUUGACGUAUGAGGAGAUUGCCAGAAGAUUCCCUGGCGAGUACAGGAAACGCGCCGACGACAAGCUUCACUACACUUACCCGGGCGUCGGUGGAGAGGGAUACCUCCAGGUUAUCGCACGUCUGCGCGACAUGGUGCGUGAAAUUGAGCGCAUUGAGGAUCACGUCCUUAUCAUUGGACACCGUUCCGUCAUCCGCGUUCUCAUGGCAUACUUUAUGGAUCUCACCCGCAACGAGAUUGCCGACUUGGACGUUCCCCUGGGCAUGCUCUACUCUAUCGAGCCUAAGCCUUACGGUUACGACUUUCACGCGUACCGCUACCACGUGGACAAGGGAACCUUCUUUGAGAUUCCCAACUACCGCCCGCAGCGCACCGUCGAUCGUGCCGCUUGA